AUGAGCAACAACAACGACAAAAGCUCCCGUCAGCCAUCGCUGUCGGGACAGCUUGAUGCAUCUCCAGGCAAAAGUGUAGAUAACGAUAAAUCUACACAGAUAUGUAGAGAUUUUAUAUGGGGAUUGUGUAACAAAGGAGCCCAAUGUAGGUAUCGCCAUGAACUCGAUUUCGAGGCUAUGAAAAAAACCCUUAAAUUUUGCCACGACUUUCAAAACCCGUCUGGAUGUACGCGUGAGCAUUGUAAUUAUCUGCAUACCAGUAAAGAGGAAGAAAGUUUAUUUUUCGCAACUGGAACUCUACCACGUGUUUUGGCUGAACGCCAUGCUAAUAUAACGGUUUCUUCGGCGGAAACUAUACCACAGAUAGCAUUGUUUAUACAAGAAUCGCUGAGUGGGGCUCCUCCGCCGCCUCCGCCGUGUACUUUCCCUGUUCCAACAGUGUCCCCGAUGGCUCCAAGACCAACACUACCAUUACAACAAAUGCCACCGCCUCCGCCACCUCCGCCACCUCCAAAUUCAUCAACAGUCGCACCGGCUCAGACAAACCGUAUACUGGCAGUUCCACCUCCUCCUCCAACGCCUUCGUUUCCGAUAACACAGCCACCGCCUCCAAUACCAAUGUUCGAUGCUAGUCGGCCGCCGCCGGUCAUUCCGGCUAUGGCAAUCAAUAAAACUGGACCACAAAAACGGCCAUCCAGUGAUGACACCGCUCUGCGAUCUGAUUUGUCCACAGUUUCUGUUUGCAAGAUGCUAAAGACGGACGAUUUAAAGACAGAAGACGUGCAAUGCGACUUGUGCCUUCAGCGAGAGAUCAGGAUACAAUAUUACAGACAGAAGAUGGAAAGAAUACGAGAGGAAGACGAGUGUCAGUCGCUGGUGUUCAAGAAGAAGCUUAUGGAAUAUCAGAAGCUCAAGGAUAUUCUGCGAACGUUGAUUGAUAGCGAUUUGUUUAAACUUGUCGAAGAAUCUUUAGGGGGAAUGUUCUCCGCGGGCCCCAAACAGAAUCACGAUCAGUUUUGGUUGCAAUUCAUGGAAUACAUGUUCUCUAAAACGAGGAGCUUCGAGUCAUCAUCGGUGCAUGUAGAGGAGUCAUUACGUACACUCUCAACGACGCCGCGUAGAAGCCACCAGUCCCCUGAUAUAUUACAAACACUGACGGAAAUUCUGGGAUCGUCGUCCGAGCGUUCAGUGUCCGAGUCUAGCGGUGAUAGCGCGCACGCUUCAGGUACUAACGGCGUGUCGACAUUCCGUCGCUUCAACCGGCCGAGGUUGGAGGCGCUCCGCCCUCCGUCCGGCGUGGGCCCGGCGUCGCCCGGAGCGCCCCCACCCUACCCGUCGGUGAUGGGCCCGCCGCCACCACCGCCCCCGAGGACGGCCGCCCGCCGACUGCCGACCUCCCGGCGGACAUGA